AAACGUAUUAUGAGAAUUUUGUGAUUAUUCACUUGAACCGGGGCCCGAAUUGGAAUAGCUUCCGAAGCCAGGAUGGCCUCAAAAAUAGUAUUUAUUCUUCUAGUCUCGUUGGCGUUAUGUCUGUUUGUAGAAGCCGGACCAAAGGCUCCGGCCAAAAAAGCCGCUCCCGCCAAGAAUACUAAAGCCAAAACAGCAACACAUAACAAAGGAACCAAGAAAUGUGUAGAUAGUUGUUCACCUCCAAUCAUGGCUGAACCAUGUGCACCAGCAAUGGCUCCAUGUGCGCCAGCACCACCACCAGUUGUAAUGAUGCCACCCCCAGCACCUUGUGCACCAGCACCACAGUGCCAUACUUUCCAACAAACUGUGAAACAAUCUCAUCAUAUGGCACCUGCCCCACCACCACCAAUGGCUCCAAUGGCAAUGCCACCAUCACCACCACAAGUUAUUACCCAUGUACAGAAUAUUGUUCACCAUAAGGUCCUUCCCCCUCCUCCACCACCACCAGCACCACCAUGCCCACCACCAUGCCAUGUGCAAUCUACUCAACAUACCAUUGACCACGCUUGGGCACCAGCCCCACCACCACCAAUGGCACCAAUGCCAGGACCACCAUCUCCACCACAACGUAUCCACCAUGUCCACACUAUUGUCCAUCAUCACGUUCAUCCACCACCACCACCACCACCCCCACCAGUAUGCAUCUGUGCCCCAGCAUGUGCACCUCCAGCCUGUGCUCCACCACCAUGCUGCAAGAAGAACAAGAUCCACCCAGUCCACGAUGAAGAUGAUGGCUCUGCAUCUGCUGAAGAAGACAUGGACGAUGAUGAUGAAGAAACAGCCGAGGAGAAAGCCGAAGACAAAGCCGAGGAAAAGGAAGAGGAAGCCGAAGAAAAAACCACCAAGAAGGCAAAGAAGGAUUAAACCUCUUUGUAGUUUUUAGUACUCGUUCUUGAAGUUCUAGAACAUUAAUGCCAUGUGAACUUCCUGUAGAAGUCCCUGUUUGUAAAUGCUUCCCUUGUACAUCAGUAGGAAUAACGUCUCUAUGGGGCGUGCAGUGUAAAAUGUUUCGUUCAUUUUACGACGAAAGAGUGGAAAUGUAUAAAUAAAACAUUUAUCGUUUUACGAUUUGCGUAA